AUGGUGGCCCAUAGUGAGAUGCAGUGGCCCACCAGAGGCAUGGUGGCCUAUGGCAAAGUGAGGGGUAGUGUGAAAGCUGCCCAUGGUGAGGUGAGCUGCCUGCCCGGCGGCUCCACGGCCGGCGUGGUCUUCGAGCUGGCCGGCGCCUGGUACCUGGCCGUGGCAGCCACCUACUCGGUGCGCGGCCAGCAUCUGGGCUGCGAGCCGUCCGAGUCGGACGCCGACACUGCCAUCACGGUGCGCCGCGUGGACAAGCUGACGUCCGACGAGGAGCUGGCCAUCGUCAAGUACAAAGAGCACCCGCUGCAUUUCGUGGACGCACUGCGUUGGCAGAGCCGCCUCUUCUUCCCCUACUACCGGCUCAAGGGCGAGGGCAGCGAGGGCGGCGAGGAUGGAGAGGUGCCGAGCAUGGCCGUGCUGGACCAGCUGCGGCCCUCGGAAAGCACCUUCACUUUGAAAGGCCAUGUGUACCUGGACUGCGGCUGCAGGAGCCUCAUCCUCUCCUCCAGCCUCGUCCGCCUGGGAGCCACGGGCUGGUGGGUGGGUGUUUUCCGCCACAGCCGGAGCGCCAGGGCCUGGAACAGCACCGCCGUCUGCAUCUUCGGGAUGGAGGAGAUGAGCGAGGAAGCCUGUGUGUCCACGCACUUUCGCGCGGACAGCAACGCUUAUGCGGUGCGAUCAAUCACGAAGCUACCCACCCUGAUUCACUCUGGUUUAGCGGCUGUUUAUGGCACGGUUGUUUUAAAUCAGAUCGUUCUGUUUCUGGGCACGGAUGAUGGGCAGCUGCUGAAGGCUAUUCUUGAUGAGGAUAUGGUAUCUAAUUGCCCAGAGGUUUUAUAUGAAAUUAAGGAAGAAACUCCCAUUUUCCCCAAACUUCGACUUGAUCCAGUAGAUAAUAACUACAUCUAUUUAUCCUCUGCUAGUACGGUGAGAAGAAUACCAGUCGCAAAUUGCAGUAGAUUUGUUUCCCAGCAAGGAUGCUUAUCUGCAAAGGAUCCCUACUGUGGGUGGUGUUCUGUGAAUCAAAGGUGCACAUUAAAAGAAAAUUGUACACGUUCAAACAGCACAAGUGGUUGGUAUAACAUUUCACAUGCACCUGAUAAAGAUCUGAAAAUCCUGCUAAGUUUCCCUGCCAUAAAUCAGGUUGCUGUGGCUGCAAGUUUAAGCAAAACCCUUACGUCUUGUAUGGUAAAACUUGUAAGACCUGUUGAAAUACUUUGCAAAAACGUAAUGCUGAAAAACUCAUCCUGUUCCUGCAAUCUAACUACACCAGUGAUAACUGAUAAUGAUUGUCUGGUUCUCGAAGCAUCGCUGUCCUCCAGCUCUUGGAGUAUCACGCAAACAUUUCAGUUGAAAAACUGCUCACGAUGUGUACGCAAGGGUGAGUGUGCCAGCUGCAGACGGAAGCGUGUGUCUCCUGCCACUGCCUGCCAGAAUAGUUGUAAUGCCUCUGCUGCCUCCGAGGAAAACACCACGGCGCAGAAAUUAGAGCAUAUCAACAUCCGUUCCAUUGAGCCUUUGUGGAUUUCUACAUUAGGCAAAAGGGAAAUAACAGUCAAAGGAGAAAACUUUACCCGUGCAUCAGGCAUAAAGCUGAUACUGACUGGAAUCAGUGGCUGUAAACCAGACAUCAUUCAAGUCAGAAAUGUGCUAAAUGACACACAAAUGACAUUUGCUCUCCCACCAACACGCAAAGAGGCCAAAAGUGUGUGCAUACAGGCUGAGGGGAGGCAAUGUUCACCCCCAGUGACGUUGCAUUAUGUGUCGCUGCCAUCGUGCUUUGGAAUCACACCAAAUACCUCCUGGUUCAGUGGUGGUCGCAGAAUAACUGCAUUGGGUAGAAAUUUCAAUGUGGUGGACAGCGUGAUUAUUUCAGAUGACCAGAGACCAAACCUCACUGUCUCUAGGUGCCCUGGAAAUGAAUCUGAAUAUAAUUACUUAACGCCAAGUCUGAGCCAUGCAAAAGAGGGAAAAAUUGUUGAUAUGAUGUUGAAAGUAGAAACUACCUUUAUACCAUGUGUCAAGUUACACUACCAUCCUGACCCAGUGUUCAUUAACUACCAGCUGCACACUGAACUUGAUCCUGAUCUGGAAUUAAAAAUAUAUAAAGAAAACGACAACUUGAAUAUUUCCAAAAAUGAGGUAGAGGUGUAUCUCUCCUAUAUGAAUGGUGCACAGACCAAAAAGAUAUGGUUCAAUGUCCAAAACAUUACCAAAAAACCUGACCGUAGCACCAUAUUGUGCAAAUUCAAAAGGGAAGGAAGUGACAAGAUUGAUUUUUCCACAGUGAAAGUUUUUGUCAAAUUAGGAAAUUUUGAGCAUGAAGUCAAACCAACAUCAUCAUACAUAUAUUUGUAUGUUCUUAUUUUACUACCUAUUGUAGUGGGUGUCAUUAUAGUGGCAUUCAUAGUUACAAGAUACAAGUCUAAAGAGUUAACUCGUAAACAGAGUCAGCAGCUUGAACUGUUGGAGUAUGAGAUUCGGAAAGAAAUACGUGAGGGAUUUGCUGAGCUGCAGAUGGAUGAAUUAGAUGUGGUGGCUAGCUUUGGAACCGUGCCCUUCCUGGACUACAAACAUUUUGCUCUUAGGACUUUCUUUCCAGAGUCAGGAGGCUUUGCAUCCAUCUUCACUGAAGACAUGCCACAGAGCAGAGACCAAACGCGCAAGGAUGAAAGAUUCAACAUGUUGCAUGCUUUAAUUUGUAACAAGAACUUUCUUGUUGCUCUCAUUCACACCCUUGAAAAGCAGAAAAAUUUCUCUGUGAAAGACAGGUGCUUGUUUGCAUCUUUCUUGACUAUUGCACUACAAACUAAACUAGUUUAUCUAACCCAUAUUCUGGAAGUAUUGACGAAGGACUUGAUGGAACAGUCAAGCAAUGUCCAACCAAAGCUCCUGCUCAGACGAACCGAAUCCGUGGUAGAAAAGUUGCUGACAAAUUGGAUGUCUGUCUGCCUCUCUGGCUUUCUCCGGGAGACAAUUGGCGAACCUUUCUAUCUGCUGGUGACAACCCUCAAUCAGAGGAUAAACAAAGGCCCCGUGGAUGCAAUCACUUGCAAGGCCCUGUACACACUAAACGAAGACUGGUUGCUGUGGCAAGUGUCUGAAUUCAGGACAGUGACAGUGAACAUCAUCUUUGAAAAAAUCCCAGAAAAUGAAAGUGGAGAUGCCUGUCAGACCAUCCAGGUUAACGUUCUGGACUGCGACACCAUAGGGCAAGCCAAGGAGAAGAGCCUUCAGGCCUUCCUUAACAAGAACGGCUUUCUCUAUGGUCUCCAGCUGCAUGAAAUUGGUCUUGAACUGGUGUCUGAGGAGCAGCAAAGAGAACUGCUGGAUAUUGACAGUUCCUCAGAGAUGAUGGAGGAUGGGAUAAGGAGGCUGAACACCAUCGGUCAUUACGAGAUCCCGAACGGAGCAACUAUAAAAGUCUUCAAAAAGAAAACAAGUACCCGAUCAGAUGUGGACUACUCUGACAACCACUGUCACUUGAUCUUACCAGACUCUGAAGCAAACAAAGAUGUGAAAGGAGCAGGUCAAAAAGGAAAGCAAAAAUUCAAAGUGAAAGAAAUGUAUUUGACAAAGCUGCUGUCAACCAAGGUCGCCAUUCACUCCGUUGUUGAAAAGCUCUUCAGAAGCAUUUGGAGUUUACCUAACAAUAAAGCUCCGGUUGCCAUCAAGUACUUUUUUGACUUUCUGGAUGCCCAGGCUGAGAGCAAAAAAAUUACAGACCCUGAUGUGGUUCAUAUAUGGAAAACUAACAGUCUUCCUCUUCGCUUCUGGGUGAAUAUACUGAAGAAUCCUCAGUUUGUCUUUGAUAUUAAGAAGACUUCCCAUAUAGAUGGCUGUUUGUCUGUGAUCGCACAAGCUUUCAUGGAUGCCUUUUCUCUAGCAGAGCAGACACUGGGGAAGGAAGCACCAACAAAUAAGCUUCUCUACGCCAAGGACAUUCCUCUGUACAAGAAGGAGGUGAAAGCUUAUUACAAAGCCAUCAGGGACCUGCCUCCACUGACCCCUUCAGAAGUCGAAGAAUUUUUAACUCAGGAAUCAAAGAAACAUGAAAAUGAAUUUAAUGAGGAAGUGGCCUUGAUGGAGAUCUACAAGUACAUAGGGAAGUACUACGAGGAGAUUGCCAGCAAACUUGAGCGCGAACGGGGGUUUGAGGAAGUCGAGAAGCAGCUCCAGCAAGUAAAAGCCUUAUUUGAUGAGAAGAAAAAAUGCAAAUGGCUCUGA